CACAAACUCACAGUGAUAAGAACAUCUCCAGAAAUUUGGAGCUGUUCUAGUGGGUUAUACAAACGUAACCGCUAAGGUUUCCAACACAUAGGGACCGGCUACCUCCAUACUCAAUAUGCGUGCAUUUGUGGUACUCGCCUGCGUAGCGCUGGCUUACGGCCGCCCCGAACCGCCAGUCGGCUACAGCUACUCAGCUCCCGCCCCUAAAUAUUCUGCUCCAUCCGGUAGCUACGGUGCCCCGUCUAUCGGUGGGUACAGGACCGUUUCAGUAGGAGGACACUCCGGUGGCAUUUCCUUCGGUCAUUCCGGUCUCUCUGGUCUGUCGCUAGGCGGUGGGCACUCGGCUGGAGGUCUGUCUCUCGGAGGUGGACACUCUUCUGGUGGAUUCUCCCUCGGCGGUGGACACUCAUCUGGUGGAAUCUCUCUUGGAGGUGGACACUCGGCUGGAGGCAUCUCACUGGGCGGAGGCGGCGGCGGCGGCGGCGCUGGUCUGGGCUUCGGUGGUGACUCUGGAUUCGGCGGCGGAUACGCUGGCGGUUACUCUGGUGCUCCUCUUGUCCAGAAGCACAUCUAUGUUCACGUACCUCCACCGGAACCCGUUGAGCAGAGAAUCCCCCGCAUCCCCGCAGUCGCUCCCCCCCAGAAGCACUACAAAAUUAUCUUCAUCAAGGCCCCGACUCCCCCUACCCCGGUUGCGCCCAUCAUCCCCGUCCAGCCCCAGAACGAAGAGAAGACUCUUGUAUACGUUCUUGUCAAGAAGCCCGAAGAUCAACCCGACAUCAUCAUCCCUACACCCGCGCCCACACAGCCCUCGAAACCCGAAGUUUACUUCAUCAAAUACCAGACACAGAAGGAAUCUGGCAUCGGAGGAGGCGCUCUUGGUGGUGGUGCUAUUGGCGGUGGUGCUAUUGGUGGUGGUGCUAUUGGUGGUGGAGCAAUCAGCGGUGGUGAUUUGGGCGGCGCCAUUGGCGGUGGUGAUUUGGGCGGCAUCGCUCUCAGCGGUGGAGCCGGUGGUGCUGGCGGCGCUGGCGGUCAUGGUGGUGACGACAUCGGUGCUGAUUUCGGAGCUAGCGGCGGAGACGCCAGUGGUGCUGAUGCCGGACACGGGGGCGCUACUAGCUCUCAGUACGGUCCUCCCGGUCAUGUUGCGGGUCCCGUUCACUAAGUCUAAGAUCCCAUAGCAAGCUAGGUGGAAAGAAAUGUGUAAUUUAUUGCUGUGCGUGCAGAGUUUAUCAGUAUUUGCAAAACAGUUCUGUGGUAUCCCACGAUACACUGGAGUCUCAUUCUUACCAUCUACGCUCGCAGUGCGCACGCGGACACAUUGUAAAUAGUCACCGCUCUCGUGUCUGCUUGCACACCCUUUCUUCAUUGUUCUCAUCUAUCAUCUUUACUUGUUAUUAGUGCACAAGUGUUAGUGUUAUAAUUAAAGGAGGUAAUUUACAGCGACUGUUACGUUAUGUAUUAUAUAAUAUGGCUUUUUUAUAUUUUAAAGUAAUGAAAAUAAAUAAAUAUGUGAUGCUAACUCGUUGUUUCGCUGUGUUUGUUGUGGAACGGGUGGUUGUUCGGAAUCUGAUAGUUGCGUCAUGCCCGAAAGUAGUCGUGAAAGGUUGCCCUGUAUGAGAGAGGGCGGAGGCAGUCUCCUUUCUCGUAUCGGAGUGGUCGAUUAGGUUCGACGUUAAUUUGGAAUUGUUAACAAUCGGACUGGAUAUUUGGUUGUUGCGUAAGAGUGUGUAAUGGCGUGUCGGGGGCGAGUGAUGAGCCGGUUUCCGACCGCUCGCGCUCUCAUUGAUGUUCCUCUUAAUGGAUCAUAUGUGUAAUUACACUUUCGUAAUAAUUUAGUGGAUGAUGGAGCGGUUGCGUAAAACUAUCGACUACGCAUGUGGCAUGUUAAGAACACAUACCGCACUAAUGAUUAGGUCCGAUCAUUGUAGCAUCCCACUGUUACAUCGUUCACAUUCAACAACUUUGAGCAAUUUGAACACCACUCUAAAACAUUUUUAGUUAACAUAACUAGGUCAUGUCAAUAAUGACUUUAUUGAAUACUAAGCGACGAGACUCAAUUGUGAAUAGGCAACGAAUUUCCGAAAUAGAGCCAGGUAAUUUCUGCGAAUUGAAAGCAAACUGAAAUCUGUAUCAGUCAAUAAGAUUGUUAUAAUACUGUCUGUAGCAUAAUCUGAUUGGUAGCCAUCAUUUUUAACAGGUUUAUCACAAAUAUAAAAAUCUUUCUGGUGAAGUUUCGAAGUGACCUACAUGUUGGUUCGGUUUACAUUCACCCUAUUUUUUCCAUGAUGCUAUUAAUAUUAUAUAAUGUGAGUUGUUUAGACUAAAACGACUUCUUUUUAUUAUCGAAAUAUAUCCGUCAUGUGAUAGUCGAGAACAAAUUCAUAUUCAUCAUAUCUUAAUUUUGUGACAUUAACUAUUGGAGGGAUUUUUGUGGAGCUUCAAAAUCGACACGAAUAGAAAGAUAAAGAUUUCAUACUUUAUUAUAAAUUCAAUUACCACCCGUUAUAUGCAUAGCACUGCAAGAAUACCACGUUGAGCAAUAAUGAAAUAGGCGAGAGCGCUAAACUACCUAGUCUGGUAAAAAGUGACUUUCGGCACUAUGAUCUUAAUUAAAGCGCUUACAGUUUGAAAUUAAGUAAUUACUAAAGUAGUUGUGUGAGAACAAAGAAGUACCUCAGUGUCUAUAAGUUUUGUUAAAUCAAUGCCGAUCAUAAAAAUGUUCACUAUGAGGUAUUAAUUAGGUAUACGACGACCUUCGCGAGCGCUAGACUCGGUGGAGUUACCAUCUCCAAAAUCUUGAGUUUGCUUCCCUCUUGGGAGCUGUCGAACCCAGGUAGGGAGAUGUCCGAGUGACCAACCGUUUGCUGGGAGUCUAUACCAUCGCCCACGGCUGCUUGCGGCUCUCCUCUCUUAGAAGAGGGGAACGGGAGACGCUGGCGUUCCUCCAGGGGCCAGCGAUCUGGUGAGGGAGUGCUAGACCGCAUUGCACGUACUCCUGCGAUGGGUGGAAGCCCCUUUUACACGGGCAUCCGCACAUCGCGUAGGGUCUGGGGGAGGACAAUCACCAGUGGACGCGUGGACAGUCCUAUUGUGGUUUUACCAUGUCUGUCCGCCUCCCGACACAUAUGUCAGGACCGCGGUUCUCGGAUUAUAUGUCGGGGAAAGGUGCUGCAAU